AUGAAUGCACCUACGAAGCCUCAGCGCUUGCCGACCCCGUCCCUGCGACAGCAAUACUACACUUGCAGACAUGCGAAGAGCGGAGGCCAUCAGCAGAUGGGAGGAAGUGUCAGUCUUCCUAACCUUCCAGAGCAUCCGUGCGGUGAUGCCGGCAGGGACCGGGAAGGCUUGCAGUUCUUCUCGGGGCAAGCUGAGGUGCUAACCUUUGAGGAUGUGAUCUCUGACCAGCCUCGAGACAUCAGUCAGAGCGGCGUUACUCCUCCGCGAAAAACGCCGUUGCGGGCGCAGCGAUUUGGGUCUUCCAUCGUAUCGCGCGAUCGGGUCCAGCAGACGUUACCUCGCCACAUUGAACUGUGUGAUGACAGAAAGGCUGUCCAGCACGCUCAAAGCAGCUUGGAGCAGUUGGGGUCUGUAAUCAGGGACUUCGAGCUUUUUGGCCGAGGGCCAGAGGUGAAUGCAGCCCAGCCGCAUCGGCGCAUGCGAGGGCUCGACUUCUUGUACAGCGUUCGCAACGAUUCGGCAAUGCUACCUAAGCCAGAAGACGAAGGAGGUAUGAAGGCAAGGGAAGAUAACGACGAAGAGCUGCAGAAUGACCAGCGACGCUCAAGAGUUUGGAAGCUGCUGAGGACAGUUCCGUACUUCAUGACAUUGGAGACCUCCUACAAUGGCAUGACGUGGAAGCUCAGCAAGAAGUGCCAAUUCUUCAAGGAAGCAGCCGGUCAGGUUGUCUUCCGACAGGGCGAUCCAGCUGGCAACUGUUAUGUCGUAGUGACUGGCGAGGUAGCGGUGAAGAUCUUCAAAGACGCUGGGAAAGAUGAGGAUGUCAUGACAAAUGUGCGCCUGGCAACGAUUGGGGGCUUCAUCAAACUGCAUCAGCAGCUCUUGACCGGGCAGUGGAAGUGCAUUCCAUAUUGCGUGAUGUGUAUGUUCUACAGCAGACUGUACGAGACCUUGACGCAACGCGAAUGGGGAACAUACAGAGAUGUUCGUCGGCUUCCAAGAUAUCGCAUUGUUGAAGAUGAGAUCACUGCCGAGAGCUCAGGUAGCACGAGUGGAGAGGAGGAGCAACAGCUCAGGAAGUAUUUCGCUUGGGCCUCGCCGAAAAAGCCUGCCAAGCAGAAGGCAGAGACGGAUUCUCAUGUGAAGACAAUGAGGCGCAGGUCGAUGCAAAGCGUUUUGGCCAUCGUUGUGGAAGCUGCUGAUGCAGUUGACAAAUCAGCUGCUGAUGUGGCUGAUGAUCCUGAAAGGGACAUGACACUCUACGAGCAGUUGCAGCAGGAAGACAAUCCACGCUACAAAACCGCAGAGGGUCACUGUACUUGGUGCCCUCAGGACUCGUGCCUCGGCGACACGGUCGUGACUUUGGGUGCAGGGUCCAUAUUCGGAGAGAUGGCGCUGCAGAAUGACAAGCCCCGUGCUGCAACCAUCGAGUGCGUGCAGGAUUGUGAGUUCCUUGUGAUCCCACGGUUCGUGUACAGGAGGAUUCUCAAGGAGAUCACCAGCAGGUCUGCCGACAGCUUGAAGGCUUCCUCCAUCCUGAGGAAGCUGGACUUCUUCAUGGACAUGGAGGCAGAGCGACCUGGCACCAUCGACCGUCUUGCGCAAAAGACCGCGUGGCAGGACUGUCCAGCUGGGCAGGUCAUCUUUCGCCAACAAGACCCACCCGGAAACUGCUAUGUGCUAUGUGAGGGAACGGUGGAUGUCUACAAGUGCGGCCCCGAGAUGCUUCCUCGCGAAGGGGAGAGGCGCAAGCUGAAGCGCACAAUGACGCCUCGCACGUGCACCAUGUUCGACAUGAGAGAGUUCACCACUCUCGUGGAAGCUAUGCGUGGUUCAAAAGGUUUCCGCAAGGAUCAGCGGUACUUGACUUUGGAAAGAUUCAGUUGCUUCUGCAAGGCCUCUGUGUUGGGCCCUUGCGUGGUGACUCUGGAAGCGCCUGCAUGCUUCGGGGAGCUGGCUCUUAAGAAUACUCAGCCUCGAGCAGCGACGGUGAAAUGUCGGACAAAAUGCCGGCUGAUGAUCUUGGAGAAGCAGCAUGUCCUGCACGUGCUGACAGAGGUAAUGGCCAGAGUUCGCUUCUUCAACGACCGACUUCCUGGCAUUGGUGAUGCAGAGUACAGGAUGGACCACCCCUGUCAGUACUUCAGCCUUCGCAAGUUCCCACAAGGCUAUCAGUUCACGCACGAGGGCAUUGUUAUGACGGAGCCCGCGCUGUACGUGCUGAAAAGCGGGGCCUUAGAGUUCCGCAGAUACAGGAGAACGAGCCAGAACCCAGUGUACGUUCUUUCGCAUUUGCCGAUGGUUGAGUCGGCCUGGAAGUCUGUUGCGGCCAGGCCACGCACCGGCGUUGCUGGGAGCAAGAGGUUAGGCUCGAGGCCCAAAAGCAGGUCAAUCCAGAGUCGUCCGGCUCUAAGUUUCUGGAGCCAGAGACUGUGUGCCAUUUUCUCGAGUCCGAUCUCUUGUCUCCAAGCUUCACACGACCACCACCGGUGCCACCACCACCACCACCACCACCACCACCACCACCACCACCACCACCACCACCACCACCACCACCACCACCACCACCACCACCACCACCACCACCACCACCACCACCACCACCACCACCACCACCACCACCACCACCACCACCACCACCACCACCACCACCACCACCACCACCACCACCUACUACUACAUUGUGUCAGCAUUUGA